CCGCGCACCAACGAACACGAAGAAGGCCGUUACAGAAUACGAUUACAAACGCCGAGAGGAGCACCACUUACGUCGCCGGAGAUUUAAAACUCAGAGUGAAAAAAGUUGCGGCGAAGUUGAACGGAGCAGAGAGCGGAGAUGGAUUUCACCGAGUCUGACACGGCGUCUGAAUCCAUGGAGGAGCUAUCGCAAGAACCUGAUUCUGAUGAGAAGACAACGCAGAUUCGUUUCCUUGUACCCAAAGCGUUAGCUGGUUAUGUGAUUGGGAAAGGUGGCUCAACCAUCACUCAGUUCCAGGAUUACUCUGGUGCUCAAAUCCUGCUCUCUCGUAGUCAAGAAUAUUUCCCAGGAACGACUUGUAGAAUCGUUGUGAUAUCUGGCACGAUUAUGCAAGUUCUCACUGCACUCCAACUUGUUCUUGCUAAAUUACACAGCAAGGUUCGAGGUGAAGAUGGUAGUGAUGUUGAGCUUAGGAGAACAAGAAUUGUGGUUCCACACAGUUCAUGUGGAGGCAUCAUCGGAAAAGGAGGAGCCACCAUCAGGUCCUUUAUUGAAGACUCCAAGGCUGGUAUCAAGAUAUCUCCUAUGAAUAGGUACUUCGGGUUGAGUGAUAGGCUAGUGACACUAUCUGGAACUAUGGAGGAGCAGAUGCGCGCAAUUGCUUUGAUCUUGACUAAGCUUACAGAGGAUGAUGAUUACUCCCAGAAAGUGCAUUCCCCUAAUUCAUAUAGAAAAGAUUUAGGUCUUUACAACUUUUUCCACGCAUGUAAAUCGGUGAAGUCACGCAUGUCUUUUGGAAGUGAACAAAAUCACAAGGAAGAUAGUUACAACUCAGUGACCAUAGGUGUGUCGGAUGAGCACAUAGGUGUGGUCAUUGGCCAUAAAGGUAGUCACAUCAUGGAAAUCAGUCAGUCAAGUGGUGCCAGAAUAAAGAUAUCAGGCCGAGGAGUGUUUCUCCCUGGAACUACUAAUAGGAAAAUUACCAUCUCUGGAUUGCAAAGCUCGGUCGAUUUAGCUGUAUCGAUUAUAGAAGGUAAAGUUGACGAGGCGUCGAAGAAGAGGGACAAAGAUGAAACUGACAUGGAUACAGACUAGUUUUAAAACAAAGUGUUCUUGUAUAUAACAUCAGUCUCAACUGAGAUUAUCAAUAGCGUUUUCAACGGUCAAUGCUGGUAUUCCCUUUGUUAUGCAAACAGUGAAAUGUCAAAGGGAAGAUCAUCAAUCUUACGUGUGCAAAGGUG